GUGCGUCCGACGGAAGCGCUCCUUCUGCGCGCGUCCGCCUGCCCGGGACCCUCAGGACACCGGAACUUCAAGAAUUAGAGGUUUACGCAGUUUGAGACCUGCCAGCACUGUGCAGCGUUCAGAGCAGUAAGAGACAGAGAUUAAAAUGGCUUCCAGAGGAAAGACAGAGACGAGCAAAUUGAAGCAGAAUCUGGAAGAACAGUUGGACAGACUGAUGCAGCAAUUACAGGAUCUGGAGGAAUGCAGAGAGGAACUUGACACAGAUGAGUAUGAAGAAACCAAAAAGGAAACUCUGGAGCAACUAAGUGAAUUUAAUGAUUCACUGAAGAAAAUUAUGUCUGGAAAUAUGACUUUGGUAGAUGAACUAAGUGGAAUGCAACUGGCUAUCCAGGCAGCUAUCAGCCAGGCCUUCAAAACUCCCGAGGUCAUCAGAUUGUUUGCAAAAAAACAACCAGGUCAGCUUCGGACAAGGUUAGCAGAGAUGGAUAGAGAUCUCAUGGUGGGAAAGCUGGCAAGAGACCUGCACACCCAGCAGAAAGUAGAGAUACUAACAGCUCUCAGGAAACUUGGAGAGAAGCUGACUGCAGACGACGAGGCCUUCUUGGCAGCAAAUGCCGGUGCCGUGCUCAGCCAGUUCGAGAGAGUCUCCACGGACCUUGGCUCUGGAGACAAAGUUCUUGCUUUGGCAAGUUUUGAGGUUGAAAAAACAAAAAAAUGACAUGGUGUGGAAGCUUGGGACAGUGAUCACAUUCUUGUUGUAAAUGGCAUUUUUCUUCUGGGAAUUUGGAGUCAUUGCAAAGAAAUCAAGAGAUUCUUGAAGUUCAUUAGUAACCUAAGAAAAGGUGACAGGGAAACACACCUGUGGCUUCUCUUUAUGCCCCUCACCGUUGUGCUUUGUGGAGGGCUGUCUCCUGGAGUGGUCUUGGACUUGGUGGGACGGAGGGGUCACUAGACCGUAUUCAUCACGAUCUGUCUGUUUAAGAGAGAGAAUAGGAAAUCGUUUCUCUGACUGUUUUUAUUAAGGCUCCUUGUUUUUAGGUGCUGAUAGCAAAUGGAAAGAUGCAAACUAGUGAUUCUUUUCUGCUCACAAAAAUGUAUCCCCAUUUGUUGGAGUGAGUAGUGUAGCAACAUUAACAGAUCUCAUAUGUGUUCAUAGAAUUUUAGAGUCCUAAGUGAUCUUAGAAAUCAUUUUCAUUUUACAAACCAGGAAACUGAGGCUGAAAAGGAGCAAGUGACUUGCUUAAAGUCACAUCAGAGAGUUGGGAAUAGGACUUGGGCGUUCAAAUUCUCAGUUUAGUGUCCAUUGAAUUUUAUUUUUUUUAUUCUGUGCUGUUCUUUAACAGUAAUUAACACGUAUUUGUGCAAGUCCAUGUUUAUAAAAACUUCAGUGUCCCAACAGAAAGUUGUCCCUGAGGGACCAUUCCCCGGCCGAUCCGCUCUGCUGCUGAUGAAUGGGGCCCAUUGUCUCUCUGGGUUCGGGCUCGGAACAAUGGGAGCCCUGUGGGGAGUCUCCUGAAGUAACUUAACCUCCUGUGUUGUUUCACCAGGGAAGCAAUUGGAAGUGGCAGCUAGAGGCCCUCCCUGUGUGUGACCUCUUUGCUGAAACCCACUGGGUGCUGAAUUACUGUUUACCAGUCAGUUUUGUGGAGGAACACGAAAUAAGCCCUGAGGAAAAGCACGUUUCUCUCCUGAGUGUUUACAUCUCUCUGUAAGCUAAGAUAUGCAGAUUUCCCCGAACACAUACAUGUUAGCCUCUUUCCUGGGCGCUGGCUGCUUCAUAGUCUUUCAUGUGUUUCUCAGUAUGCUUUUUCUUUUCACUUGAUACAAAUUAAAGACAUUUUUAAAACUUCAUGUAUACUGUAAACUCAACCAGGUGCUCUCUCAGCUGUACAAAUUGGGGAACUCAGCUACAUGAAUGCCUUAUUUGGAAAUUCUAAUGGGCAAUUUUUUAAUAUAUUGGUUUAGGAUGGUCCAAAACUCAUUGAAAUUGUGACAAACCAAGAGAAAGCAAAUUCCCUGCUCUUCAUCUAGGGCUUUACGGCCAAUCAUCAUUCUGCAUUUUUGCUGUAACCGAGGUGAAAUCCGCAUAACGUGCAAUGAACCGCUUCAAAGCGUGCCGUUCCGUGGCAGCAGUGCUUUGUCCGCGGUGUUGUGCAGGCACCGCCACUGCCCGGUCGCCCAGCCUCGGCCUCGCCGGCCCCGCACCGGCAAGGUCGCCUCCCGUGGGGCAGUCGCCCUGCUCCCUCCCAGCCCUGCAGCCACCGCCGGCGCGCCUCCUCUCUGGACCUGCCGAGGCCGGACAUUCCGUGUCAGUAGAGCCGUGCAGCGAGUGGCCUUUUGUGCCCGCCUUCCCGUUAGCCUGGUAUUUCCCGGGCUCGUCCGUACCGCAGCACGUGUCAGUGCUUCAUUCCCUUUACCGGGUGAGAACACUCCCUGGCGUGGGUCCCGUAUUGUGUUUUCCCACUUACCCCUCGAUGAACAGUUGGUUUUUUCCACUGUUUGGCUAUUGUGUAUAGUGCUGCCGUAAACAUUUGUGUGUAAGUAUUCGGUUAAAUACCUGUUUUCAGUUUUUUAGGAUAUGUACCUAGGAAUGGAAUUGCUGUGUUGUUGUUACUGUGUUAAGCCAUAGCAAGCUUUCCCCUUCCCCUCCAGGAAUAGGAUGAGGAAAAUUAGGAAUAUUUUGUAUUCGAAAGGGGCCUCGAUGAAUCUGGAGUCCUUCAUUUUAGUUUUCCUUAAACUUUCUGUAAGACCAACAUCAGUGAAUAUUGUCAUUAACCACAUUAACGCAUUCAUUUAGUAAGUAAUGACUAGUACUCAAUUUAAAUUAACCUUCCUUUAAAAGAGGUCAGGUUUGCAGUGUCUACCAAGACGCUGCCAAUCGUGGCAACGUGACCUUUGAUAGGUUACUUCAUCUUUUUGAGCCUCAUUUUUCUCUUCUGUUCAGUGGGGAUAAUAGGACCCCACAUAGGAUUACUCUGCAUUCCCCUCUCUUCCUUAGAACAGAAAGAAAUUUUGCAAUGGAGUUAAUCCACCAUUUAAAAGUUUUUUCAAGGGCCAUAUGAUGUAUAUUGUUUGUAAAUUUGGUAUUUAAUUCAGAAAAAUAAUUUGAAAAUUCUAUACAGCUAUAGUUAGUAAAUGACCUGCAAACUGUGUUUCCUGUUCACAUUUUGCUAUAUUUAAUCUUCUAAUUUUUUAGACCUCUUGGGAGGUCUCUCAGACUGCAAUAACUAAUGCUGAGGCAGCUAACUUUUUACAUCCUUGGGUCAAGCUAAUAUUUUAAUGAAAAGAAUUCUUGCAAUUUUUUCCCCCAAGACUUGGAGUUGAAGCAGAAGUAAGUUCCAAUGAGCAAGUGUCCAACUGGGCUGUUUAAUGAAAUCUAAUGAUCUAGAACAAUUCUUGCUUCAGUGUUUGUUUUAUUCUGUGAGUGGUAGGAUAAGUAUUCUAGGUGGGCGGCAGAGGAAGAAACCAAGAAACAGAAUGAGUUGUUCCCAGGAAGGAGUUGGAGUUUGGACAGAUGGAUUGUUAACUGGGAUUGCUGGGCUUUUCAUUGAAGACACUCAGCCCAAGAACAGCCAUCUUCAGCAAAAGAAAAGACUGCAGACCCACUGUUGCCGUGGUAUCUUCUUACAGUGAAUAAUGGAUAGUUUGAAAUUAUUACAGAAAAAAAUAAACCCAGACCAUUUUGCCUAGAGCUUUUGAGCCACUUUCCUGUCCAUUUUUCCCCUUAUUCUAUCCAUUAUUAGACCGAAGAAUGCUCCUUUGCCUCUGAAAAUGUUUUCCAGCAUUAAUAUGUAAAUUAAAACUGUCAGCAUUCCCACAGACCCAUUGAACGAGCUAUAAUUGCUUCCAGUCUGUCUGGCCCUAGAAUUAAAAGAUUUAGAAACUGGGUUAACUAGCAUUUAAUAUUUUCAUUGAGUCGCAAAAACACAGGUUAAAAAUGUGGCCCUGCUAGAUAUUCCCCUAGAAUAUGGCCUUUUGGCAUCCUAACUCACUCUCUUUGAAACCCUUCUCCCUGUUCACCCUCACAGCCAAGCGGAAAGACUCCAGUGCUGAAAGGGCCUCGGACACAAGGGGUCAGCAGUGUUCUCAGGAGUUCACGACAGAGUCCUGCCUGUGCAGGCAGGGGACCGGGAGAGUGGAGAGGUUAGCGUCCGUCCGUUGGAAGCUUCCUAAUGCUUCUGAGACAGGCACAUUCCCUACAGCCUCAGACAGAGGACUACAAUUAAAAAUAACUAGUAAGAAAGCAUUUUCUAUAAAGGAGGUCGAGGAGAGCCACCAAUUUUGAGUUAGAAGAGAGGAAGGUAGGCUGGGAAGGGUUCUUUGUAAGGUUAUGCAACAGCCACGGACCCUCUGCCCCCGCCUCCGGCAGCUGUGACCUCGAAUUUCUGAGGCCUUCCGACAAGAACCUCUGAUGCUGUGUCAUAGUCAUAAUUUCAAUACAUGGAUUAAGAGCUUAAAUGAUCUUAAUUAUGUCUGUUUGUACCAAAAUGUCUUAGUAGGUGGGGUACUUUUUUUGUUGUUACUGCUCAAUUGUCGCAUUACAUGGGGGUGUUCUUUCCUGUAAGAGGAGAUUGAUGUUUUUUUGACUCGUGUGUGAACUUGGUUCAUUUAGGCCUGCAGUUACUCCUCCAAUGCUCAUGAGCCGAGCCUACUGGAAAAAUGAAACAGUUAUCCUCAGUGAUAAUCAAAGAGGUCGGUCAUUUAGGCAAAAGCAGAUAUUUGGCCUGGAUUAGAUUAUUAUAACUGAUUGCCUUAACCCUGAUUUGAUCAUGACCUUAGAAAAUGUGGUGCUUCUACUACUUCAUUAAAAAAAAAAAGAUAACUGUGUUAGCAUCUCCGAUUUUCUGCACAUCAAGUUUAUUCCAGGUCUUGGUAAACUAUCUUAGAUUUGAUUUAUAUGCUGAGCAUAUGCUCAUUUAUUUCAGUAUUUUGUUUCCUAUUCAUUCACGAGAGGGGCGUCUGCACAUUUGAAGCAAACAGGUGGACUCGCAGCCCCGGAGCUUCAGGCUGGCGGCGCUUCUUUCCACCCCGCCGGAAGGCCAAGUGGCCCGUGAGGGACCAUGUUUCUGUCACGGCCUUUAAGCAAAACUCUUGCAAAACAAAACAAGCACACACACAAAAAAGAAGUGUGGGUAGUUUUUUCCUCUGCAUGAAAAUAUUGUGAGAAGAGUCCACAAAAAGGAGCUCACGCACACCUACCUAAUCCACUUCGCAGUCUUAGACAGGAAACCGAGGGCUCGGAGGGGGGAUGAGAGGUGUGAGCACGCGCUCCCUCCUGUGCGUGCCUCUCGCGGGACUCCGGCCGGACCAGGUGCCCAUCACGCCCCCAGGCGCUGAUGACCUCCCGCAGUGCUACUCGUGCCGGAGUGGGGGCUGGCUGUGCCAGGGUGACUGUGUUACAGUCAGAGCACUGGACAAAAUCGGGUACACAAGGCCCUUUCGGUGUGAAAACUCUAAAUGUGCUUUUCCCUGGUGGGGGUUAUCUCUUGAAAAGAAAACAUGUUUUGGAAAAAUUGUAAUGACAGUGUGGGAGCAGGGAGCCUUUCUGUCUGCUACCUCUUCUGAUCAUGCCAUUCUUUCAUCAGACAUUUACCGAGUGCUGAUACAGGCCGGGGACAUUACUUGGCUUUUUUGUUAAACUUUCUAAAACAGAUAUUGGAUGGAAUCCCUUUUUUUUUUCCUAUGAUUCUCAAGUGUUUAUAUAAUUAAUAGAAGUUUCGACACUUAGCUGCAUCACCAGAGGUUUAUCUUACAAAGAUAAAAUUGUGUUUUAAAUAGACUUAAUAAAAAAAGAUAUCUGUUACUCUGUCAUAGUUAGCUGGGUUCUUGGAAACAUUUUGGAUGUAUAUCUAUAUAUUAUAAGGAACAUUAUGCUUGGAGAUAAUCCUGAUCUAUACAAUUUGGUCUAAGUGAUCUCUUUCAACUAUAAUUUUAUCUCAUCUUUUAACCGAUCUUGUGAACUAUGUGUAUCUCAUUAAAAUAUUUGUGUUAUUAAGUUGUUUUGGGGAAUAUUAAAUGGGAAGUUGGAAUACUACUUUGGGGUAGGGAAAAUAUCUUUCCUCUCCCUCCUGUGUUCUUGGCUGAGGUUCCUGUAACAAAGCACAGAUUAAUAAGAGAAAAGCAUACACAUUUAUUUCAUAUAAAUGGUACAUGACACGACGAAAUGAAGACCCAGGGAAACAGUUAAACUGGAGUGUUUGUAUGGUAGCUUGAACGGAGAGUGGAAAGUCAUGGGAAGAUGCCGUAAGACAAAGGCAAGCCAAUGUAAACCGAGGAGAACUGAGCAACAUCUGUUUGUCCGGGUUUCUCGGUGCCCCCCGUCUUCAGGGGUGCGGCUGCUCCUUUCCUGCAGGUGUUGGGGAGGCUGCACUCCUGAGGGAUCUGCGACCUGGUCGGAGUGUCGAAAGUCCUUGCGCCUGCGUUUCUCCAAUGCCUUCACGUCGAAGUGGCAAGUGCCAGAUUUUGUGACAGCGUGUCCCCAACCCCAUCCUUCCACUUUCAGCUCUUUCUGUGCCACUCUUAAUUCUACCCCAUUUUGUCAAGUCCCCUCCCAAGUGUCCAUGAAGGUGUGUUGUAAGGAAUGGUAUUAACUGUAUAAAUUACUUUGAAGCUACAGUGUAAGGAACUGUAUAAAAGCUGACUCCUACCACUGUAUUAAAAUUAUUUAAAAUCUUAAAAUAUACACUUAAAAAUACUAAGUAAAAUGGAGGCACUAUGUUUGGUUUGACUAAAGAAAGCUUGUGUUCAUAUUCUAGAUAUUCGAAAUAAUGGGAAAUAAAGAUCAUACAAUAAAAAUAAUAUGGGAGAAAGCCCACAAUUCUGUUA